UGUCAAUGAAAAUGUCGGUGUCACCGAUGUCUGUGUGCUUGUUUGCCAAGAAAUGAAAUAAACAACUAUUUCAAUUUUGUUAUAAUAAACGAAUGGAUGAAUAGCAUGUAAAAUAGCUUCUAUUUUAUUAUCACAAGUUGGUUUUAAGACCGCUCAAAAAAUGGCAAAUUCAGUGAAUAUAUCUAUUGAAGCACCGAUAGAGAAUCAAAUUCAAGAGAUAACCUACGAUGGGCAAGAAAUCUAUCAAGCGCCUCUGUCUAUGUCAGAAAAUCUAGCGCGUCUGGCUCAGAAAAUUGACUUUUCUAAAAGUGAGGAUGAGUUCUGCAACAUUAAGAAAGAGGGCGAGAGCAGUUCCGACGCGAAGGCGGACGACGACAGCAAGGACGCCGGCUACCAGUCCAGCCAGUGGCCCUGGGACUCCGUGCGGAACAAGCUGCGGAACGCACUCACCGAAGUGUGUGUGCUGGCCGAUGUGCUCAACAUUGCCAAGGAGAAGCGGUACAUGGUGUUAGACCCGGUGCAGCCGGAGCAAGCGGACAACCGUCCGAUGGUGCAAGUGUACGGACGCAAGAAGGCUCUGGGCGCGGCCGCGGCCGUAUUGCUGGCCGGCGUGGAGCGCCUGCGGGCCAGCGAGAGCGUCCGCAUCAGCCGCAACAUGCCCGACUUCCAUAUCGACCUGUUGCGGUUGAGGCAGAACUGGAGGCUGAAGAAAGUCUCCAACACUAUUGUGGGCGAUCUGAGUUAUAGGACAGCCGGGUCGAAGUUCAGUCAAACUGGAGUUUUUGAGGUGACGAAGGCGCCGGAGGAGCAGAUGAUGGCGGCCAUGAGUAUGAACGCGGCCGGGCCCGCGCCCUCCGCGCUGCGCGUGGCCGUGCCGCCCGAGCUGCAGGGCGUGGCCUUCAUCUCCGUGCUGUGCCAGAAGGAACAAGAAGACGUAGUGACAGCGACUCUAAGCUCCUCCGCCCUAAACUGCCCGGGCACGCUGCCAGGCGACGGCGCCGAGCUUCACUGGCAGCAGAAGCUAGAAGCAGCACAGAACGUGCUAUUCUGUAAGGAGCUGUUCGCAAGAUUAGCUGCUGAAGCAGUGCAACUCGACGCUUCCAUCCCACACAUGGUCGUCGGCAACCAGAUUAUGGCUACAGUUUUACCCGGCAUCCAACUCUUGAUCGGGUUAUGUCACAAUAAUGGACAAAAUAAUACCAACAACGGUACAGAAGGCGUGAAGCCCGAAGGCGCGGCGGGCAAGUCGGACCACGACCACGUUCUGGAGCAUUCGCUGCAUCAACUGCUGCGCGCCGUGCACCACGCCAACACGCACCACCCCUUCCCGCACCCCGCCACCGGCCCGCUCGGGCCCUCCAAGCGCCGCUGCCUCGCCGGCCCGAUGGCCGCGGACCGGCACGAGCUGCUGGAGAUGAGCCGCGAGCAGUCGCUCCUGGAGCAGAUCAUCCAGCAGGCGCAGCACUUCUUCAUGCGCCGCCGCAGCGAGUACGUGCUCGACACCAUCGCCAAGGAGGUUAAGGACCCACUCAUAGUGUCACACUGGAACGCCCUGAAUAGCCCAACACAGUCCUGCGUAAAAAUCAACAUAAUGGCUUAUGGCUACGACGUGGUGUGCCGGACUUCCCUGGUGGUGCACGUGGGCGAGAAGACUUUGAAGUGCAUCUGCCGCGACGGCCGCGUGCGACACCUGUCCUACGAGCUGCAGGAGCUACGCGACCUCAUCUACUGCCAGAUUUGCCAGCACCAGAUGACGGCGGUGCAGGCUGUGGGCCGCUGUAUGGGCUGGCAGCUUCUGGCCAGCAGCUCGCACCUGGGCUCGGGCCCGGUGGAGCCCCUCGGGAACGCCUCCUCGUGUUUACUGGCGUCGCCUAAUGGUGAUAGAAUGAUAGCAAUAAGGUGCGAGCCAUCUGUCGGCAUCCAAGUUUUCAUAGCACAAUCUCCAAGAAAAGACUUCUUCUCCAGUGAAUUAGUACAAGAUAAAAAAUGGGAGAAUCUCGGUGGAGCCUUCAAAGAAAUCAAACUUGACAAAAUGGAAGGCAAAAACUUCCUGAACAAAAUGGAACUACUCAUGGCAUGCCUAAGCAGCCCUUCCUAAAGCAAUCUUAGAGUAACCUAGCAAUAAGUAAAAUAAAUUAUUUGUAAUCGAUCAUUUUGUAUCAGCAAUAAAACAUGAUUGAAGUAAUAA